AUGGUGAGAGAGGAUAAAAGGAAGAAAGGAUCAGUAAAGCAUGGAAAAAGAAGGGGUUUUUCUGGCAAAAGAUGGCAGGAGAUAGCCGACGAAUUUACAAAUGACGCCAAUCCUCGGGACGCCAAUCCUCAGAGUUUACCCGGUGUUAGCGAGGUUUUACCAACGAAUACAACUGCCGAUCGCGAAAGUGUCUCGACUAAGAAGCUUCUAAACAGUUCUUUUGAGAAAUUCGAAAGCAGCCGAGGAAUUUUGACUCGUGAACAAGCAAGAAAAGUUGGUUUAGGAUCGGCACGUGAUGUUGAAAUUGCAACCGGAUUUAAAAUACAAGAUGCCACUCUCUUGAGCGAUUGCAUUUCGGCCGCAGCAGUAUGUAGUUCCUGUCGUAAAGCAACAUCAAAACUUAAACUUUAUCAACGAAACAGCGAUAGAGAAGGUUUGUCAGAAUCAUUAUUCCUGCAAUGUUCGUCUUGUGAGGUGGUGACUCCAUUACCAACAAGCAAUCGACUAGGUGGCAAAGGUGGUGUGUCUCAUGAAGUCAACCGUCGAGCAGCUUUGGCUUCCCAUCAAUUUGGCCAUGCUGGAUUGACACAGUUCUGUGCUGGUAUGAACUUACCUCCCCCAGUUGGUAAAGAUUCAUACAAUAAGCAUCUAAUUAAAAUUGAGAAGGCUGCCAAAACCAGUGCCGAAGAAGUAAUGAAAGAUGCUGCCAAAAGAUUAUUCGAAAAGGUUAUGUCAGAAUGUCCGGAUGAUAUUGAGGAGGACGGCGAAGAUUUGAUUGCUCAUGUUUCUGUAACAGUUGACGGUACCUGGCAGAAAAGAGGUCACUCAUCAAAAAUCGGAGUGAUCUUUGUUAUCUCAGUUGCAACUGGGGAAAUCCUAGAUUAUGAAGUAAAAUCACUCUUCUGCCAUGAAUGUAAAGCUCAUAACAACCAAGAUCAUGAAGGCGACGAGUUCCAAGAGUGGAAGAAGGCUCAUGAACCAAAAUGUGAAGUGAACCAUGUAGGAUCGUCUGAAGAGAUGAAAGCUGUGUCUGCUGUUGACAUAUUUAGCCGAAGUAUUGCAACAAGAAAAUUAAAGUAUACAACCUUUGUUGGUGACGGAGACAGCAGUAGUUUUGGCCGGGUAAAGGAGGCACUGGAUAAAAAGUUUGGUGCUGCUUAUGAAAUUAAGAAAGAGGAAUGUGUGGGGCAUGUUCAGAAGAGGCUUGGAAGUGGUUUGAGAAGGUAUAAGAAUGACAUGAAGGGAAAGAAACUUUUGGACGGUAAAUCGGUUGGAGGAAAAGGACGGUUGACAGACAAGGUGAUUGAUAAAAUGCAAAAUUAUUACGGCAAGGCAAUUCGGGGAAACAAAGGAAAUCUGGAAGGGAUGAGGAGCAGCAUUAAAGCCAUUCAGCACCACAUGAUAAAGAAUGAUGAACUAACACUAGAACAACAACACCAAUACUGUCCCAAAUCAUCUGAUACAUGGUGCAAAUACUGGAAGGACAAAGCCGACGGAACUAAGUUGUACAAUGAAGAUAACCGGUUACCUGAGGUUUUUAUGAAACAAUUGGACCCACUUUUCACAAGGCUAUCUAAUGAUGACCUCUUGAGGAGGUGUUUGAAAGGGAUGACCCAGAACCAGAACGAGGCAGCUAAUGGUGUGUUAUGGUCCAAGUGUCCGAAAACCAAGUUCUGUGGUGCAAGGCGCGUACGUAUUGCAGUAUGUGAGACUGUUGCUGUGUUCAACACUGGUGCUGCAAGCAAAGCUGUGAUAAUGAACUUGUGUGGUGUCACCCCUGGAGUCCAUGCAAUGAGAGCUCUUAGAAAGCAGGAUGACACCAGACUGAAGACUGCAGCUAAAAAGGUAAGUAUGAAGUACCGAGAGAAAAGACAGAAACUCAGGGCGCAGCGAAAGUCAAAAGGUGACAAGAUGGCAUACCAACCUGGUGGCUUUGGACUAAGUGCCAAGCCUGUUGACACUGGAAAGAAAAGAAAAAGAACACCAAAACAGACAAAAACCAAUGACGUAAAUGAACAACCACAAAUAACCUUUGUUAUGCCGACUAUUGAAGUAAUUGGUAAAAAACGACGGACAUGACAUUCGGUUUUGGUGUCUAGAAUCUUUAUUUGAGACAUUUUUACUGAAGAAAAGACAAUUGUAUUGAACAUAUGUAUCUUAUUGCAACUCAUUGAAUAUACAGGUAACAUUUGUCUGUAAUAUGUGUGCUGUAUGAUGCACAAAGUUGGGGCAAAACAUUAGUUCCUUUUUAACCUUGAUUAUCUCAAAACGAGCGAGUUUUGUAUUAUCAAAUUUGUGGAAAGCCUAAAUGAAAGGGAAUUUAGUGUAUUGCCCUGAUUUUUGGACUGCAUAUGUAUCUCAUGACACUUUACAGGAUCAGCAGACAGUUUUUCCAAAUUUGCGGUUUUGGCCUUGUCACCAUGGAAACAGUGCUUUUUUAGCGUUCGGACAAAACUAUUUGUCAAAAUGAAAUUCUGUCUGCUUGUCCUGUACCCUAGGUCAUAAGAAACAAUCUCACCAAAUUUGCAGUUGAUAGCUAUUUUUGUUCUAGAGAUAUUCUUUCCGCAAAUUCUUGCUGUGCCGCAGUAUUCUGCUGUUACCAUGGCAACUAUUUAGUGUUAUUCACUUCAAGUAAAGUUAAAAUUUGUAUACUAAUUAGAUCUUGCUUUUUGCCAAUUUUUGUGGUGAAUGAAUAAAUCCUGUUGAAAGUAGAGCAAAAAGAGUGUUUUGGG